AUGCCAAGCUGCAGCUUUCUGAUGGGGCGUAUAGUGGUGCCCAACAAACCUCUGACGCUGCCAGGGUUUGGGAGACUGAAGGCAGCCAAUGUGGAGCUGCCCCAGCCACCUCACCUGCGGCCUCUCCCCCUCAUACCUUUUGCAGCGCUGCCCAUCACAUGCACCAUUGCAGACACGACCUCCCAUGUCCUGCUGCCCUCCGCCGAAACCAAUGACGUGGCUGGCGCAGCCAUACGGAACAUUCCGAUCAUCAAGGCGCUGGCCGAUCUGCGCACCACGUGUGAGGAGCUUGAGGGCGACCCCCUCUGGCAGUAUGCAAAGGAUGGGAUCAAGGCCAGCAGGGCCAAAGCGCACAUGGACGAUAAUAGGGCCCUGGAAGACGUGCUGUACGAAUUUGUAGCCAUCCUUGAGGAUGGGGGUGGCAUGAAUGAUGCGGGCCGUAGGUGUGGUGAGGGGCUGGAAUCCUUGCAAGACCCCUUUGCAGCUCUGUUGGAAUUUGCUAGCCUGGGCUUAGAGGGCGAUCCCAUCAGUGGGUAG